AUGUAUGCACCUAUACAUACACUAUAUUGCCAAAAGUAUUGGGCCAGCCCUCCAAAUCAUUGGAUUGAGGUGUUUCAAUCACCUCCAUGGCCACAGGUGUAUAAAAUCAAGCACCUAGGCAUGCAGACUGCUUCUACAAACAUUUGUGAAAGAAUGGGUUAUCCUCAGGAGCUCAGUGGAUUCAGGUGUGGUACCGUGAGGUUGCCACUUGUGCAAUAAGUCCAUCUGUGAAAUUUCCUUGCUACCAAAUGUUUCACGGUCAACUGUUAGUGGUAUUAUAACAAAGUGUCAGCAACUGGGUACAACAGCAACUCAGCCACGAAGUGGUAGGCCAUGUAAAAUGACAGAGUGGGGUCAGCGCAUGCUAAAGCGCACAGUGCGCAGAAGUCGCCGACUGUCUGCAGAGUCAAUAG